CGGCGGCCCUUUUGUGUCCCCCGGACGACUGGUCCGUCCCCUCCCGGCCCGCAGGGGCUGGGUUCCAUCAGCCUCCAAGGGCUGUAGGUGGGCCCCGGUAGAAAUUGCCCGAACCUUGGAGGCGAAGACGGGGUCUUUCGGCUUCAGCUCUGCUGGCGGGGAGUGGGCUGAGGAGUGGCCUGAAGAGAGAAGCUGCAAACUUCUAGGCUGGUGAUUUGGAUGCUGCAAGGAAAACCUAGCUUCUUACGUUCCCUUUCCCAUCUCGGUCAUCUGAGCCUACUACCAUUUCCCAAGAGAAGAGCCAAGAGGAGGAAACAAUGGCUGUUGGACUUCUUAAAACUGUGUACCAGGAGUUGGUGACCUUCAGGGAUGUGGCUGUAGACUUCUCCCAAGAGGAGUGGGAUUGUCUGAAUUCAUCUCAAAGGCAUCUGUACAGUAACGUGAUGUUUGAGAACUACAGGAUCUUGGUGUCACUGGGACUUUGCUUUUCUAAGCCAAGUGUGAUAUUAUUGUUGGAACAAGGGAAAGAGCCCUGGAUGGUGAAGAAAGAGCUGGCAAAAGGCUUGUGCUCAGGCUGGGAAUCUGUGUGUGACAGUAAAGAAUUAAACCAAAAGCAGGACAUUUGUGAAGCACAGUCAUCUCAGAAGAUAAUAGAAAAACUUACAAGCUAUGGCCUUGAGUGCUCCAAUUUGAGAGAGGAAUGGAAAUGCGAGGGCCAUUCUGAGAGACAACCAGUGAAUCAGAAGGCAUAUUUCAAAGAAGAGAGAAUUACUAAUGAAGAAGCCCUUGUUUAUGAAACAGGACAAGAAUAUAACAAAUCUUGGCAAGUUUUCCAUCUGAACACGCUUCAUACACAGCAGGUAGUUCCAAAAGAGGAGAAAGUACAUAAACAUGACACACAUAAGAAAAGGUUUAAAAAUAAUUUAACUGCUAUUAAACCCAAGAAUAUCUAUACAGAGAAGAAACUUUUGAAAUGUAAUGAAUGUGAAAAAGUUUUCAGCCAGAGCUCAUCCCUUAUUCUUCAUCAAAGAAUUCAUACUGGAGAGAAACCCUAUAAAUGUGUAGAAUGUGGAAAAGCGUUCAGCCAGAGAUCAAAUCUUGUUCAACAUCAGAGGAUUCAUACUGGAGAGAAACCCUAUGAAUGUAAGGAAUGUAGGAAAGCAUUCAGUCAGAAUGCACACCUAGUUCAACAUCUGAGAGUUCAUACUGGAGAAAAGCCUUAUGAAUGUAAAGUGUGUAGGAAAGCUUUCAGCCAGUUUGCCUACCUUGCUCAACAUCAGAGAGUUCACACUGGAGAGAAACCCUAUGAAUGUAUUGAAUGUGGGAAAGCAUUUAGCAAUAGAUCAUCCAUUGCUCAACACCAGAGAGUUCAUACUGGUGAGAAACCUUAUGAAUGUAAUGUGUGUGGGAAAGCAUUUAGCCUUCGUGCAUACCUUACUGUACAUCAGAGGAUACAUACUGGAGAGAGACCCUAUGAAUGUAAGGAAUGUGGGAAGGCCUUCAGCCAGAAUUCACACCUUGCUCAACAUCAGAGAAUUCAUACUGGAGAAAAACCUUAUAAAUGUCAGGAAUGUAGGAAAGCAUUCAGCCAGAUUGCCUACCUUGCUCAACAUCAAAGAGUUCAUACUGGAGAGAAACCCUAUGAAUGUAUUAAAUGUGGGAAGGCUUUUAGCAAUGACUCAUCCCUUACCCAACACCAGAGAGUUCAUACUGGAGAGAAACCUUACGAAUGUAAUGUUUGUGGAAAGGCUUUUAGUUACUGUGGAUCCCUUGCCCAACACCAGAGAAUUCAUACUGGAGAGAGACCCUAUGAAUGUAAGGAAUGCAAGAAAACCUUCAGACAGCAUGCACACCUUGCUCAUCAUCAGAGAAUCCAUCUUGGGUUAUCAAUCUCACCACCUAAUUCAGUCAAUCACUAAGUCCUAUAGACCCUAUUUUUUAAUGUCACUCCAGUCUAAGAUCCUUUUCACCGUUAUCACUGCUAUAGCUUUUCUAAUAGACCUUCCUGUAUCAAUUUUGGUCUCCUUAAAUUUAUUUCUCACCAUGCACACAAAACUAUCUUUUUGAAGUGUGAGGAUAUAUACGUUACUGCCCCCAAUUAAAACAUUUUUAGCUUGCUAUUCUUAAGCUAACAUUCACAGUCUUUAAAAUUGUCAGUGACGUGCUUUAUUAUCUGGUUCUUAUGUACCUCUCAGCCUUAUUUUAUAUUAGUCUUUCUGGGCACUAAGAACUUCCCAGGAUGAAAAGCUUAGAUUCUAGAAAAUUAUAGCUCUACCAUUACUGUGGGAUUAUGUGGCUUUGAGUAAUUUGCUUGACUUAUUUAAACCUCAGGAUUUUCUUUAAUUUUAAAAUAGGGAUAAUAAAGGGUACUGUAUUUUAAAAUGUAUUCAAUGAAAUAGUGUAUAUUGUAAAUUGAUAUAUAUUAAGAAUUUUGCAUGUAAAGUACUUCAUAUAGUGCUUUAAAUAUAGCACAUAUUCAAUAAGUAAUAAUAGCUAACAUUUAAUGAGUGCCUACUAUGCACCAGGCAUUGUUCUACAUACUUAGCAUAUAUUAACUCACCCCUCAUAGCUAAAACAAGUAGAACACCCUUGGGAAAUAGGUCAUAAUUGGGAAACCUAAAACUUUUAGAACACAAGUGAAGUCUUUGUACUCUAGGUGACCAAUCAAUAUAGACAAAGUAGUAGAAAUAUAACACUUAUAACCAGUUUUAGGAAGUUUCCAGAGAGAAUGAAUUGGAUACACCAAUUAAAAUAAGAAUUUACUGAGAAUACAGAGCUUACAUUUAGAAAAAGGAAAGGAUAAUCACAACUCAAAACAGUAACAAAACAAAACUCAUAAAUAUAAACAUUCAUACUGUUCCAGAAAAAGGCACCAGGCUUGGGUAGUUGUAUGAUUGAACCUAGGUAAUUUCAAAGCAUUUAAACUGUUCUGUGCUGUAGAAAAAAUAUAAUAUUUAUAAGUAUUUUUAUCUAGUGAUUGUAAAAUUGAACUCAAAAGGGGACUUAGGGAAGAAAACACACACAUGCAUAUCAUUUCAUUCAUUUAGUGAAUAUUGAGUAGCUACUAUUUGCCAGGUACUUUCACUGUUACAGGCAUGAGACAAUGAUGAUCAAUACAAAGACUGUGUUCUCAUGGAGUAAAGUUCCAAAAGCUGAGAGUGUUAAUACUGAAAUAUAAACAUUGAUUUUUACACUCAGAAAAUUGAAGAAUGAACUAAGUUGAGGGGUAUUAGAUAGUUGAGACUGAAGAUAACAAAGUUACCAAUUAUUCCUAAAUCACAAGUUCACUGCAUUUUGAACCAAAAUUUCUGAAUGGGCCCUUUUCUCCAUUUUCAUGACUUUGUUCUGAAAUUCAUCUAUGAAAUAUGAAUUCUUAAGAAUGGCAAGAAAAUUCUUGAGUAUGAUCUAUUUGUAGGAAUUUUGCAUAUGAUAAAAAUGGUUCAUACCAGUAAAGAAAGGGUGGAUUCAGGGAUAUUAGAAUAAUUGACUAUAUGCGCCACUAGUAGUAAGAGAAAUGCAAGCAAAACCACAAUUAACUACUUCAAGAUCAUCACAUUGGCAAAAGCAUUAUAUUGCUAAUGAUUAAAAAGAUACACAGCAAUAGGAAUGUUAAUACAGUGCUAUAUGCAAAUAGUUGUGUUUAGAAUUAUUAAGCAAUAUCUAGUAAAGUUGAGGAUGUGGAUACCUUUUGAUCCAGCAAGUCCACACUUCAACCUCUACAGAAUCUCUGCUCAGGUGUUCAGGGAGACGUACUUGAAGUUCCACUUCAGCAUUGUUUGUGAGAAAGUUGAAAGCAAUCAAAAUAACCAUUAGGGUGAAUAUAAAUUAGAACCCAAGUUAAAAUGAAUGAACAAGAUAUAAUUCUGUCAACAUAGACAAAUCUCAAAAACAAUGAAAUUGAACCAGAGAGUAUUUUGUAUAAUAUGGUACCAUAUAUAUAUAUGUGUGUGUGGUGUGUGUAUCAUGCAAAUCAACACAUUUUUUUUCUAUUGCUAAAUACCAUAUAGAAAUAAUGUAAUAAUAUUUAUAGAAAUUCAGAACAGUGGUGACCUCUGGGGAGGGUGAAUAAUGAGAUUGAGGAAAGGAUGCAAAUAAUCAUUUAUUUCUUCAAAAUAUAAGUAUGGCCAAUUCUUAUAAUUUGAUAAAGUUGGCCAUGGGUUUAUAGAUAGGUUCUUACUCUCUGUAUAUUUUGUAUAUUUAAACUAUUUCAUAAUAAAAAAUAUUUAAAUGAUG